UUGAAUAUACUAUUGAUCAAUUUGUAGAAUUUAUCUACACAAAUAGCAAGAAUCAACAUGAAAAGCGAUUUAGAAGGAUUGAAGCUAUUAUCUCAUUUUUGCUGCCAUCUAAUUUUGAAUAUCCAAAUAAUCAAAUACAAGAUGAUGAUAGAGAAUUCUAUUCAUAUAUCAAGAUUCAUAUUGGUGAUGUUGUAACCAUAAAGGAAGAAAACGACGAAUUCUAUGCUAUUGUUAAAGCAAUUUUUACUCACAAGUAUAAUGAUGGACAUGUGUAUGCCUUUGUUUGGAUUGAUUGGUUAAAAAAUACUAAGCAUACCGAUUCUCUUUUAAGAUGUCCAAUUUUUAAAAAACAGACUGAUUCAGAUACAAAAUG